AUGGAAAGAAGGGAAAUAAAUCCUCUUAUUACGCACGCGACAGUCGCGAGAAAUAAUUUUUCAAGGACGACUCAUCAGCAACCGCGCAGUACUUUGCAGUUUAACAGCAACCCUGAAGAGAACAUACAUUACGUUGCACAAAACCUUGCAUGGAUUGGCGAUCAAAUGGAGAUGCGGAUAACAUCGGCACAAACAAGGCAUACGCCAAGAACAAUUGGGAGAUGUUUAGCUGCAGCGGGAGAUAAGAUAAACUGGAGGUACAAUCCUUUAGCUCGAAGACAUAAGACUUUCUUACGGCUCCUCUGGAGAAGCUUUUCUGAACAAGACGACAAGGGAUUUGCUUUCGUAGGAGUUCUGCUUCAAGCAGUCUACCUGGCUAUCCAUGAGGUUUCGCUAAACUUGUAA